GUGAGUGCAUUAAGCACAUUGAACGAUGAUGAUGCGUCAGAUGCAUCAAAUAGUACAUUAUCCUCCUCUUCAGAAGAAAAUAUACACAAGACAAAUGUUCGUGCAAAGACAUUAGGAAGUGAUGGAACAAAUGUUUCAAGUGUGAGGUAUGGGGAUUAUCGUCCUCCCCAAGGAGGAGGGGAACCCUCUGUAAGGAGGGGAGGUACCUCCCCCUCCCUCCUUAAAAGGGGAGGGGGGGGAACUUUCCCUCCCUUUGGGGGACAAUACCCUCAUCCUACAAGAAGAUAUGGAACCACAGAAAAAGACCAUGUGAAUUCCAAAUAUGGAACCCCAAAAAUUGGAUCACCAAAUUUUGGAACCUUGAAGAGUGGAACACCAAAAAACAAAAGUUUCUCCCAAAGGAGUAAAAGAGUAAAGGAUGUAUUAAAAGCUUUAUGGAAGAAAUGUGUAUGUCAAGGUAAAAAACAUCCACGUUGGAUGAUAUUUUUUGCGGUGGUUAUUAUGGUGAUAUUAUAUUCAUUAUUGAUGUACUAUGGGGGCUUAAGUGUAGGUUCAUUCCGCAGUUUCCAAGGAGAGGGUGAGUCACCUGUGACCAGUACCUUUUUGCAAUCAAUGGUAGGUGCAGAUAGUGGAGGACUAAUAUUCUGCGGCUGCGCAAUCGUAGUUUUCGCUAUAUUAGGUGUGUUAAUUGGAUGUUAUUAUUGCAAAUCAUUGGAAAAAUAUAUUCAAUCAAAAUCUCAACCUUAA